AUGCUGCGCAUAACGUUCUUAUCUUUAAUAUUAUUUGUCUCAUUAUCAUCAACAUCAUUACUUCGUAAAAAAAUUUCACGUCGACAAAGUGAACCUGAAUAUUGUCACGCUAUCGAAGGUUUCGAUUGUAAAUGUACAUAUUACCGUGUAACAUGUACAAGUGAUCGUGAUUUACCAACAUCAAUUAAUGUUUUACAAAAUGAAAAACAAAAAUAUCAAUCUGUUGAAUUAGUUAUUAAUGGUGAACGUGAACAAAAUGUUCAUGAUUAUACAUUUGAACCGGUCAAACAAUUAUAUAAACCUGAUGCGGAUACUUUAGAAUUUCGCAUUAAAUUUGAAAAGUUUACGGAACUUCGUUUAUCAUCACCAAGUAUAUUCAAUCGAGUAUUUCCGGAUAAUUUACCAUCAGAUGUUCGAAAAAUUAUGGCAUUAGAAGUUUAUAAUCCACUUGUUCAACCACAUGAUAAUGCAAAUUUAUUUGCUAAUUUAAAUGUUGAUUCAUUAGAAUUAUAUGUUUUAUAUCCAUUUCGUGGAACAUUUCAACAAUUAUUUAAUGGUGCAAAUAUAAAAUAUUUACGUUUAAGUGGUGGUGAUAUACGUUCAGAUUUAUCACAACCAUUUACAGGAAAUAUUGGACGUUUAGAAUUAGCUAAACAAGCUUCACAACUAUCCAUUCAAAAUUUUCCUGCUUAUCCAGCACAUGAAUUAAUCAUUAAUGCAUUUUAUGUUACCGAUUUUUACACUGAUCAUCCACCAAAUUAUUCUAAUUUAGUUGAAUUACGUAUUCAUAGUCAAGAACGUAUACCAGCUAAUGCUUUUCGACAAUAUCCUAAUCUACAUACACUAUCUGUUUCAACUGAAAAAGAUAUUGAUCCACAUGCAUUUGAUGGUUUACAUCAUUUAGAAAAAUUAACUAUUAAAGAAACAAAACCAUCAUUAGAAUUGAUAAAUAAUUUAUCUAAUGUUAAAGAAUUUGAAGCAAGUGUUGAAAAACUUGAUGAUAAAGAACAAUGUCGAUUAAUUGAAAAAUUAGCUAAUGGACAAAUUGCUAUACAGGCUAUUCCCAAUGGACAUGCAUGUACAUGUGUAUCAGCUUAUUUGGAUACUGCAUCUGGACGAUAUCCAUGUGAUGCACAAAAUUGUGAACAAUCAUCAUGUGCAGCAAUUAAAAAUAAUUUUGAUGCAUCAACACGUACAUUUAAAACACCACCACCUAUUCGACGUUCAGAUGGCACUGAUGCUUUACGUCCACGUGAACCAAAAGUAUACACUGCACCAUAUCAAGUAUCACAUCAAGAUCAAGAAAAAGUUCAACACGCUGCACCACAUCAUGCACAACAACCAUCGGAACAAGAAAGUGACGGACAACAACAACCAGAAGAUGUAAGACCAGUUGGUCCAUCGGACCAGUCCCAAGAAUCAAAACCACAUACUCACACAACUACCCAAAGUUUCGAUCAACAGCAAGGUGAAGAUGAACACGAUCAUGUAGCAUCCGAGCCACCUUAUGAUCCAUCACGACAACAACCCUAUGAUCCAUCACAACAACAACCCCAUGAUCCAUCACAACAACAACCCUAUGAUCCAUCACAACAACAACCCCAUGAUCCAUCACAACAACAACCCUAUGAUCCAUCACAACAACAACAACCAUACGACCAAUCACAGCAUCAACCAUACGAUCCAUCGCAACAACAACCAUACGAUCCAUCGCAACAACAACCAUACGAUCCAUCACAACAACCACAACCUAGCGAAACUCAUCAUAUAGGUCCACUGGUACCACACGAACAAACGAAUCAAGGAGAAGGUGUUGAUCCAGGAACAUCAGUUGAAGGUGGUGAAGAUAAACAAGAUGGUGAUGAUCAGAAAACUCAAAAAGAUGAAGAAGGUCAUGAAACUCAUAAAGAAGGAGAAGGUCAUGAAAUUCAUAAAGAUGGAGAAGGUACUGAAAAUCAACAAAUAGGAGAAGGAGGUCAAGAGCAACCUGCACAAACUGAUUCAAGUCAAUCUACAGAAGCAGCUGCUACUGUUGCUACUGAUGUUACUGAUGCACCGGCACCAGCUAAGAAAGGAUUUAGUUGGUUACCAAUAAUUAUUAUUGUUGCAGCCAUAGCCGCACUUCUUCUUAUCGGUUUACUCAUAUUAAUAUUGCGAAAACGACGUGCUAGUAGAGGAUAUAACCCAGCAUCUACUUCAGACCGUGGAGCAGGUACAACAGCCAGAACAUAA